CUGACCCCUGAGCAGCAGCGAAGUUUCGCAAGCGGAAACGAAUAGGUGUUCUUGCCGUCUGUGCGCCUGCUGCUGAAGCGUAGCAGACGACACACGCGACCUUCGCGUUUGGUGACACCACUCGCAGCGCUGUCGCGCCGUCGUGGCAGACGCGAAGAGCCGCGAAAAGUGGAAGUUGCGUUCACAGACUAUCGUGGAGGAACGGAAACACUCUUUCCUCCAUGCGUACAUUACGUAGCGACAUGCGAAGGGCGGACAUCACGUGCGUACUCGCAACCGACGAUCGCGUUUCGUUAGUCGACACGGUGUCUCGCCCGAGGCGUAGCCAACGUUAAUCGGCGCCUCAUUCUGUUCCCCUGAACCGACGACGGAACAAGGAAUGACACCCGGCUCCAUGGCUUCCAGCAAAGGCGUCGACCACGUCGAAGUCGUGCAGGGCGACCGCAUCAGGCCGAAAGCCAUCUACCGCGGCCGACGGUUCCGGCUUAUGGCUGUGGACUCCACGCGUUAUCGGUGGCGCUGUUCUGUGUCUAGCUGCUCGUCGCGACUCAUGACCGACAAGUUCGGUGAGAAGCACGUGCUGUACAGCUUCAAGGAACACGAUGAGGACGAACACCGAGCUGCCGAAGAAAGGAGGCACUCCGAUAAAUCUUUCAGAAGUGAGGUAAUGAAAAAGGUCGGCGAAUUCCUCUACGUGCUGGAGAAGACUGUCGGAGACAUCAAGUGCUGGCGCUGCCGGUACGUCAAGUGCUCCGGACGGUGCCGCACCAGCCUCGACGGCGAGCAGCUGCUGCACGGGCCAACGACACACACGUGCCAGUCACCUGCCCGGGAAGAGCAAGCCAGGUGCGUUGCUCCUGUCCUCUGGAUAAGGAAAAACGUUGAGAGACGCUAG